CAUCCCAGCGGCGCACAAAUAUAAUGCCCGGAUGUGCAGCUGUAGGUUGUAGUAAUUCUUCUGUAAAGGGUUUUCUUAUGAAAAGGUUUCCUAGGAAUCCUAAUCGUAGAAAAGAGUGGGCAGUUAGAACAAAAAGGUAUAACUGGUUUCCUACUGAUUCAUCUGUUCUGUGCGAGGCCCACUUUGAACCUGAAAUGUGGGAGAUAACAAGGGAGGAUGGAACAAAACGAUUAAAAGUUAACGCAGUACCCACUAUCUUUUCUUUCACUAAAAUGACGCCAAAAAAAUUUUUCGAUAGGUCAGUACCGUCUACUUGCAAGAUUAUAGACACUGAACUUUCCAUUAUUGAACAUUCUGUCAAGUCUGAAGUUUUUGUUACUUCGAUUGAGAAUAUAAAAUGUGAAUUUGCGACUGGAAACACGGAUGAAACAGAACAAUGUAUGUCUCUUAAAAUUAUAAAAAAUGAACACUCGUAUGCAAAAAUAAAUCAGCAAUUAUGAUUGUGUAAUGAAAAAAAAAUUAGAUUUA